AUGAAUGAGUCAGACGACCAAGAGGAAGGAAAUAACACAGGCGCGAGAGACAUUGUGCUGGGCGAGCAGCACGAUCAUCCUCCAAAUCGGAACGACGCGCAUGACCAGACCGUUGAUGAGUCACCAAAGGAGCUAGAGAAAAUCGAUAGAGAAGUCAUGGGUGAUUUUUAUUCCAACCGAGCUCUACUCAUCAAUCGAAAUCCCAUUCAUCCACCACUCCCUGGAGGAAGAAGCUAUGAGAUUUUGCCAAGAGGUCAUUGCUUUGGUGAAACAGAACCAGUUCCAAGGGAAACCUCAAAAGAAUCCUUUGGAUCAUAUUGA